UAACAACAACAAGCGUUAGUUCCCAGUGCAAAUGAGUAUUUAACUUGAUUGAUCAUUCCUCCGAAAUUCGAAGCCUUCAUCUGUAAAAUAUAACGAAGGUUAUCGUCAGACAGAAUGGAAUUACAUGCAAUCUUAGAACCUGGUGAUACCCCUACAGCUGGUAUGUGGUAUGUACUGUCUCCAAAAGGAGAACCCCCGUCUAUGAGAGUGGGACAUACCAUAACAUUUAUUCCAGGCAAAGAUGAUAAACAAGGUAAAAUGCUGCUUGUCGGAGGUGCCAAUCCAAGUGGUCCUUUUAAUGACUUACAUAUUCUUAACUUAGAAUUUUAUGAAUGGGAUGAUCCUGAUUGGAAAGGUCUUCUACCUCGUUAUGAGCACUCUGCAUUCAGACCCACAAGUCAACCUGAUAAACUUUACAUAUUUGGUGGUGCAGAACAAGGUUCCAAUCUUAAUGACAUACAACUUCUAGAUAUAGGUAAAGGAAAGUGGAGCAGCGUGAGUGCAUCUGGUAAAAUACCAAGUGCUAGAACAUGUAACAGUAUGGCGAGUAUUGAUGAUAAACUUUAUAUUUUUGGUGGUGGACAAGCUGGUGCGCACCCUGUAGGAGACAGACAAGUUCAUGUUUUCAAUGCUGUGACUACAUCAUGGUCACAGCCCAAUGUCAAAGGGAAUCCACCCAAACCAAGACAUGGUCAUAUAAUGGUUGCUAUUGGUAACAAGAUAUAUGUACACGGAGGAAUGGCUGGACAGACUUUUUAUGAUGACUUACAUGAAUUAGAUACAGUUGCCUUGAAUUGGAAGCAAGUGAAAUGUAAAGGAGCAGUGCCAUGCAGUCGUACAGCGCACACUGGUGUUAGUCUGAAUAAUAAAUUGUAUAUAUUUGGAGGGAUGGGACGUGAUAGCGCACUAGAUGAUUUAUACGUCUUAGAUACAGGUAAUUUCAAAUGGUCUAAAAUAGAAAUCAGUGGACCUCCACCACCACCUCGAUUGGACCAUGCAAUGUGUGUUAUUGAAAUGAAAGCAACGGUUGUGAAAGCCAGUGAAGACAUGGACCGUGAACCACAGUCAGCAAACAAAGAUGUGAAAGAAGUCAAAGAUGAAGAGAGUAAUAUUGAUGAUGACAAUGAAAAUACAAAGGCUUUAGAAAAUGCUGCAGAAGUUGUUCCAGACGAUGAUAAAGAGGAUGGUGCCAAUGAUGUGGAUACAGUAGAUUCUGAAGGAGGGGUUGUUAAGGCAGAGGUUGUGCUAGACAGUGCUGGUGAGGUUGCCAAUGAAGGGGGUGCGCUAGAAUGUGUGGGAGGGGGAGCCAAGGAGGACAGUGCGCUAGAAAGUGUUGAAAGGGUUGUCAAGAAGGAGGGUGCUUGUGCUGCGGCACCAGACACUAGGACAUAUGAAAUGCUACUAAUCCAUGGAGGCAUGGACACCCAGGGGGAAAUAUUUGAUGAUACCUUGGUCGUACUUGUCCCAUAA